AACUAUGGUGAGAGAGGUAUUGAAGAAUUUGAAACUAAGAUACGUCAGUAUAAUGUGUGUAUUUCGUCAUCAGGAAGUGUGUCGUCAACAGCCGAUGAGAUGACGUAUGAGAAGGUGAUUGACAGGUUGGAGAGAACUCCCAAUGCCACGGUGGUCGUGUGUUUCUGUGAGGGAAUGACAGUCAGAAAUCUACUUAAAGCUGCGAAACGAAAAAAUGUGGUUCAAAAAUAUUUAUUUAUUGGAAGUGAUGGUUGGGGAAAUCGACAGGAUGUAGUUGAAGAUAUCGAGGACGCGGCGGUGGGUGGAAUUUCUGUUAAACUGUACUCGCCACGUCUGAGAGAUUUUGAUGAUCACUACUCCAACCUGAAACCCUACAAUAACUCGAGGAAUCCCUGGUUUAAGGAAUUCUGGCAGGAGAAGUUUGAAUGUCGCCUGGACGCUGGUGAUGAUACAGAUUACAGAUAUAAUAAAACUUGCUCAGAAACGGUCAAUAAAAGACAAUCAGUGACAAUCAGUCACCGUGAACAAACACUAGCCGACACAAAACAAGAUUCUAAGUUGGGGUUUGUAGAGAAUGCAGUCUACACCAUGGCGUAUGCGCUUCAUAACAUGCAUCGUGACGUGUGUGGAGGCGUGCCGGGAUUGUGUGAUGCUAUGAAACCUAUUAAUGGAAGUAUUUACCUGAAAUAUCUUCUCAAUGUCACCUUCAAUAGUUACAGUGGUGAGGAUGUACAUUUUGAUGAUAACGGUGACCCACCAGGAAGAUAUGAGUUUAUCAACUAUCAACCUGUCCUACUACCAGACGGCAAUACAACUUACAGCUAUGUUACUAUAGGAACGUGGAAGACAGGGGUACUGAAGAUGAACGAGCCUCUGAUCCACUGGCCCAGCAUCAAAGGAAGUUCCUCAUUAACACCGGAAUCCAUCUGUUCCAGACCCUGCCCUAAAGGACACGUUAAGGAUGUUAAAGGGGUAACAUGUUGCUGGGCGUGUAUACCAUGUAAAGAGAAUGAAACAGUUGUAGAUGAAACCACGUGUCAAGCUUGUGCUGCCGGCUUGUGGCCAAAUCAUAAUUUAUCAGUAACUUUUAUAAUUUUUUCAGCAUGUGAAGAGAUUCCAAUAGAGUUUACCAGUUGGGACGAUUCUGGGGCUAUUGUUGCCAUGACGAUAGCCUGCGUAGGAAUAUUACUAACAGUAUGGAUCGCCAGUGUGUUCAUCCGCCAUAAUAAUACACCGGUCGUGAAGGCGUCGACCAGAGAACUUAGUUACAUUAUAUUAUUUGGAAUAAUUGUGGCUUGUUGCUCGAAUUUCGUGAUUGUGGCAAAGCCGUCGAUUGUGACUUGUUAUUUAUCCAGAAUCUUGCCGGGAUUAGCUUUCUCCUUGAUGUACGGAGCUUUAGUGACCAAAACUAACCGAAUAGCUCGAAUACUCGAAGGCAGCAAGAAAAUUAUGACUAAAAAACCGAGAUUUAUGUCGGCCUCGGCACAGGUUGUGAUUACAGGGAUUAUAAUUGGCGUAGAAAGCGCCAUUAUUACUGUCAUGUUAAUAAUCGAACCCGCCGAUUCUAAACUCGAUUAUUCCGUAGUAAAGCGCGUUCGAUUAGUGUGUCAUACAACUCCUCGUGGUGUGAUCGUACCCUUAGGCUUUGACCUAGUUUUAAUCAUAAUGUGUACACUUUAUGCCAUAAAAACCAGGAAUUUACCAGAAAACUUCAACGAAGCGAAAUUUAUAGGGUUCACAAUGUACACAACUUGUGUGAUCUGGUCUGGAUUUUUUCCGAUUUAUUUUGGCGGUGAGAGCCGAGUUAUAACGAUGUGUAUUUCCAUCACGUUAAGUGCGAUGGUGGCCUUAGUAUUAUUAUUCUUUCCUAAGGUGUACAUCAUAAUCUGGGCCCCGGAGAAAAACACCAGAGGUGCUUUCACCACGUCUAAAGAUGUUCGAUGCCAUAUCGGAUCCAAGUCAAUGCCAUCAGCAGAUAGUAUGGAAUAUAAGUAA